AUGACCCUUCAGUAAAAUUCAAAAUACGGUCAGGCCUCAUUGAAUGAUAAAAAUAUUGGCAGAAGUCCUCAUAGGAGUACAGAUCUAGCACAUAACAAUAAUGAAGAAUAAGAUUAUACAAAAAGGAGGAAACCGAAACUUAAUUCUAUCAUUCCAAUUCAAGGUUUCAAAUCAUAGGCUGUUUAGUCAAUGAAUGGCUCUAAUAUUGGAAUGUCCUCUCAAGUUGAGUCAUUGCCAGAUGAUUCAAAUUUAAGUAGAAUGAAUAUAAAUGAAAUAAAACUUUAACUAGAUGCUAUAACUCCACUCAACAUUGACUUAAAAUAUAUCAAUCAAACAGAUAUUGACCUAAACAUGCUUAGCCCACUCAAAAAAACAGAUGAAUCUGGUCUAAAUGGAACUAAAAAGGAUCAAGAAGGAGUUCAAGGAAUGAGGUAUACAAUAAAUGAUAAACUUCAAAUAAUGUAUCACCAGAUAAAAAAUCCAAAGUACCAAAAACAUACCAAGAUUGGAGGAAUUAAGAAUUGCAUAAAAUUAGAGAAAAAUAGCUUCAGAGUCUGCCUAAUAGAGGAUGCCCUUUCUAAAACUCAGAUAAAGAAUACUAAUACAUUAGAAGAUGGACUUAGACAAAAACUCUCAAGGCUUCACUAGAUUACCGUUUAAGAAGAGCCAUUUACUUAUAGUUUGUCUAAGGUUCAUGAUAGGACUUUCAUACACAAAAUAUUACCUUGUAUAUAAAGGUAACAGCUAAAGCAUUCACCUAUUGGAGCGAGUAACUCGAAAAGUCCCAAUCUACUUAGAAAUACCUUCAGUGUUGAAAUGUAUGCUGAAUUCUUAAAAUUCAAGAAUUAAUAGCAGCAAAAGUAAAGAGCUGAAUAAAAAAGAAUUAAAGGAGUUGACGAACUAAAUUAGGACAGUACAAGAAUAGAUAUGAGUAAAAAAAUUAAAAUAUCUAUAACUGAAACUAAAAAUGAGUAAAAAAGGUAAUCUACUCCCAGAGAUUCUAGAGAUAAUAUAAAGAUUCUAGAUCUUGAUUAAAUCUAGAAAGCUCAAGAACCUGCUUAAACUCCAAGAGAAAGCAUUUCCAGGAGGCAUAGCGCAGCAAAGAGUGAUAUCAGUUAAUUGUUAAGCGAAAUUGGAAUGAAUUUUAAAGAAAAAAUGGAGUUUAUGAUGCAAAAAAGAAAAGAAGAGGAAAAGAAAAAGGCAAUGCUUGAAUAAAUAAGGAAAAAGAAAGCUCAAGGCUAAACUCUGGAUAUGGAUUUCUUUACUUAGUUAGAAUAGAAAGAUAUGGACAACAGGCUCAUUGAGAUCAUAAUGUUUGAGAUAAAUAAAAUGUUUUCAAAGGAAAUGCUUAAAUACAGAAAUGUAACUUCAGAGUAUAACUCUAUGCUAAAAAGGAAGAACUUGCUUGAAGCAAAGCUGUUCAAAAAACGUUAUGAAAAAGUUUAGAAGCAUUUAAAUGGUGUACCGAAUAUGGACAGCUCAUUAAAUCCCUUUAAGAAGUAGUACUAGCCUAGUAUAUUCAAUACCAAAAUGAUGGACAAUAAGAUGGAUGUGCCUAAUAACAAGGAACUCUAUGAAAAUGUCAUAAAGGAAGCAUUCGAUGAUCUUGCUGAUACAGACUAAGAAGAAGGAUAGAGUGCUGAAGCUGUGAAAGAAAUGGGCGAUAAGGAAAUCAUUGAAAGAAUCAGAAUGAAAUUUAGAAAGAGAGUGAUUAAAGAAGGUCCCUCAAUCAUGAAUGGGGCAACUGACUAAAACACUAGGUUUUUAGAGCAAAUGAUGAAUUUAUGUAAUUUCUAGAGAAUCUCAAAUAAGAUCCAAGGCGGCAUUAAUAAGUUCCAAAGAUCUCACAGACUCAAGAAUAAAUCUAUGAGUUAUAAUACUUCUCCCAGGCCAGAGUAGAAUACUAAUGAUGACUUAGACUAAACUAAGUCUUCAUUUUUCAUCACCUAGACUUUUAUGCCUAUGGUCUCUAGCAGUCACAGAUAAACACCAACUAAGCAAUAUCAUUCGAGUAGAUUUAAAACCUUGCAUGAGCAAAAUAACUCUAGCUCUCCAAAUGUUACUAACUAUCUGAAUUAUUUAGCCAGCAAUCACUAGAGCAAUAUUUCAACUAAAAGAAUAAACGAUUACAGUACGAUUUAAUUAAAUUCUAACAAAUCCCUGAAUGCCUAGUCCUCGUCAAGGUAUGGAAUGACUAAUGUUUCGAGAAAGAACUUCCAAACUCUUAAUCCAUUUCAAAAGAACUCACCAUCUCCAUCUCGAAGUCUACUGCGAUAAGUAAGUAAAAGCACUGAUCUGUCACCCAUAAUAACUGAAGUUGAAAAGGAAAUUCAGAUAAAAGAUGAUAUUAAGGAAAAAGCUAGAUCUAAGACUCUAUCUAUAAAGGAUUGGGAGUAAAUAGGUCAAAGUAGAAUGCUUUAGUUCACAAUCCUUGAUAGAAUCAUCGAGGACUGUACAGACUAUGAUCGAACAAACUAGGAUAAGCUGACUAAGCUGAGACUUGGUUUAAAUAAAACCGAUUCAAUUGAGCAUGCCAAACAUAGUAAUACAAUGGCUACUACUAGUAGGGACAGUAUAAACAAAGACACAAAGAAGAAAAAUAUUGAAGAUACCCUAACAUUUUUAGAGAAACUCAAAAAGAUGAAUAAACUUUCACAAGUUGAGAAACUAAACUUUGAGUGA